AUGGCGCUGCCCUGUCAAGAGCCUGGAGCUUGUGGUAUCCAGAAAGCAGCAGGUCAGGAUACAACUCACUGUAGCAGAAGCCUCCAAAUCCACAGACCUCUCUACUGCCUGCAGCUGGAGGUAACCCCGUCAUUGGAGCUGGCCCAGAGCAGUUCCGUGCUCUGCUCUGCAGCCUUGGCUCAGGGCUGCAUGCCCUGGGGUGGUGUGGUAGCAGAACCACUCCCAUCACUGCUGGACUUUGUCUGCAGUCAGAGCCCUAGUGGGGCCACUGGUGGCGAUAGUAAAAUACCUGUCACAUGCUGCCACUUGCAUUGCCAGAAAACAACUUCUGGGUCUGGGAUCCUGGAGCCCGCAGGGCUAGGGUGGGAGCCUAAUUAUAUCUUGAAAAAGGAUACUCAGGGAGGCCCCAACACCACUCAAAUUUCAGUUCCACAUCAGUUUUCUAGAAUGAAGCACAUUAAACAAGAGAUGGCUAACAAUCACCUUCAGUUUGUGGGAUUUGAAGCUACCGACUUUCAUAGUAUGUCCAGAUUUAAGAGUGUCCCUGCAUAUUUCUUCCAAGUGAGAUUUAACAUGAAAGGAAUGGUUGAAUCCCCAGUGUUUGUUUUUACUACAUUUAUUAAAAAUAGAGGAAAAACUGGAAAAGUGAUCAAUGGUGUUUACGUGCUCCAAGGUUAUCUUGAAUUCACACCUGAUCCAAAGAACAGUGAAGUAGAUCACAUAGGAGCAAUAUGUUUUCAUAGUGACAUAGUCCUAAUGCCAGAGUUAUCAACCUUUAGAGUUUUGCCACAGGCUGAGCGAAGUGUAAGAGUGAUUUGUGACACAUUCACUGUGGUGGGGCCCCUAUUGACUUCACCAAGGUGCAUUGGAAGCAGAUAGCUGGCCCAGCUUUCUGCCUUCUCUGUGAUUUUUGUGUUUUUGUAGCCCGAAAUGAUCAAUUCAGAAACCGUAUCCUUUCAUCCAUCAACAUUACUAAAUAAUCAGGACCAGCCCUUUCUCCAGGAACCCACUGAUGGCUUAUUUCACACUAGAGCCAAAGUUGAGAGAUUUUUCUCCUCUACCAGGACUGAUCAGGUGGAAAUCUGUUUUCUGUCUGAGUUUGGCAUCCCUUCAGUUUACAAUGCAUUUACCUUCUGAACAGGUGUCAAAGAAAUAGCAAAGAAAUAUAAUGACAUUAACCUCUUCUCAUUGGGACUGAGUCCUGCACUUCAGUUAUUUUGUCUCAUAGUCUCUAGGCUAUGGAAAACACAUUCUGCAGAAGUUCUGGAAUCGAGGGGCUCACAAUCACUGGGUAAAAAUUGUUGUGCCCAGAUAGAAAAUAAAAUAGACUCAGCUCCAGCAAAACCUUACCUGGUGCUGGCUGCAGGUGUUGUUGCAGGCUUGGCUCGACUUCAAGGCAGUGAUGGUUUCUUGGUCUGUCUAGAUGACAGCAUUGAUGUCUACCACUCAAAGCCUUUGAAACUGGAAGAUGCUCUUGUGGCAUAG